CUCAGAAGUGAAUACAGCAGCGCACGUUCAUCGCUCUGACACAGUUUUUAAAUUUCCAUUCCAUUACUUCAUGACUUGUACAUUUGUGUAAAUAGAUUACAUCUAUUUUUAUAACAAGACAACAACAAGAUGGAACUUAAUUCUCUUUUAAUUCUGCUGGAGGCUGCAGAGUACUUGGAAAGAAGAGACAGAGAGGCAGAACACGGUUAUGCGUCCGUUCUACCGUACAGUAGCGACUUUUCCCGAAAGAAAACGAAAGCCUCGCCGAUUUCCAGAAAAACUCAGAACAACAGAUCGUCGCACAACGAGCUGGAGAAACACAGACGUGCCAAACUACGGCUGUACCUGGAGCAGCUGAAGAAGCUGGUGCCUUUAGGUCCAGACAGCACGAGACACACCACACUGAGCCUGCUGAAAAGGGCCAAGAUGCACAUCAAGAAGCUGGAGGAGCAGGACAGGAAGGCUUUAAACGUGAAGGAGCAGCUGCAGAGAGAGCACCGCUACCUCAAACGCCGCCUGGAGCAGCUUUCCGUGUCCGGAUCCGUUGAGCGCAUCCGCACCGACAGCAUGGGCUCCACCAUCUCCACCGACUCCGAGCAAGAGGUGGACAUCGAGGGCAUGGAGUUCACUCCUGUGGAGGCGGACAGCGUGGACAGCAUCAGCGACGGCGAGGAGGAGGAGGAGGACCACUACAGCCUCCAGAGCAGCUCCAGCGACACCAGCUACACAGCCACACAUUCCCACAGACUGCAGCCGCACCACUGUUAAGACAGCGCGCGGCCAUCCGCCUCCCAGCCAGCCCCCCCCCCUCACCCCGUGCUUCCCUUCCCGACUAUCUGCAAUCGCCAACACCGCCCACUGCCUACAUCAGACCAGUCCACAACAGCGGUACACCCUGAAUCUGUUCUUCCUUUCCCGGCCCCGGCUCUCCAGGAAGCACAUGGGGCUGAAAUGCCACUCAAGCCUUCCUGAACCCCCCUGACCACUGACCCUACCUCACCCCACUGUAUCCUGCCUGAACCCGCCCCACCUGACACGCCCUGCCCUCCCACUGCCCUACAAACCCCACCUAGUGUUACCGCAGGCUCAGAGAGAGCAGAGCAGAAUUAGUAGUUUUAACGGGGACUUCUGUGGCGCGGUGGACAGCUUUGACUUGUUAUUCAGGAUUGUGUGCGUGCUUUGCACUAACUCUGUGGUGUCAAAGUUAAAGCACUUCUGUUUGUUGUGCAGUUUAUGCAGCAAACAGUGAUUUACAUCACACCAUAUUUUCCCUGCACGCCGUCAGAUUUAUGGGAGCGGCUGCUGCACGUUUCCUGCACGAACCCUGAAACGUUUCGCUGCUGAGAAAUGGUCAAAGAUUAAAGGAGUAGAUUGACACUUCGGGAAAUGUUAUAUUUAUUAAGUUAGAUGCUUUCGUACCACUGAUGGAGCUAGCAGCUGGUUAGUUUAGCUUAGCGUAGACUGGAAACAGGGCGAAACAGCUAGCUUUGCUCUGACAGAAGUUGAAGAAGAUGCUUCCCAGGAUCCAGAAAGCUCACUAAUGAACAUGUUAGUGAGCUUUUGAGGUGCUGGUACGUGGAUUUAUUAUGCUAACUGCUUCUCCCUGUUUCCAGUCUUAUGCUAAGCUAACCUAACGAUUGCUAGCGGUAGCUUUAUAUUUAGCGAAAAGAGUGGCAUCAAUCUUCUGAUCUAACUUCCCAAAAUGCAAAGCUGCUCUUUUACUGUUUGCACUUGGUAGGACUGUGUCUGUGUGCAUCUUCGCACAGACUUCCAGCAGCUGCUUCUUCUUCCGUCACAUCUUUGUUAGCGAAUGUGGCCGAACUGAAAAAGUCACGGAGCUGUAGCAGAGGAGAAAGAAUGUAUAUAGAUGUACAGUUACUGUCCACACCCUCACGUCUCCCUCUGGUUGGGUUGCCUAACCACUACUCCACACUACUGACCACUACACUAUACCACCCUAUGGUGUGGAUGGACGACUAUGUCUACUAUAAAAAAAGGAGUCGCCUCAGAACUAAAACUCUAUUCCUUAAAGAUGAUUAAAAUCAUGUUUCCUCAGUAGCGAAUUGAUGUAGCAAUAAAUACGAGAGGCGGGCGCUUCCUCUGAGUGUUUAACUGAUUCUGAUGGACCGCGAGGCGUCACGGGAGACUUUUUACCUGCCGGUGGCACGUGAGCGCUCCCAGAGAGCGGACCUGCAGAGAAAAGGACCGGUUCUCCUUUUUCUGUUCACUAACGGAUCCUUCUCUUCGCUCACGCCGCCAUUAACGCAGAAUUCGCACCUCUCUGCAGCUUCGUCACUGUUUCAGGCGGCGUUCACGUGUGCGUGGAUUUAGUUUGUCGUCCGAUUAACAAGUCAAAGCUGUGAAAGUGGAGAAAAAAAGAAAAGGCCAGCUCUAAUGAUUCGUUCUCUGUAGAGGUGUUUCAGCUUUCAGUUGAACCUUUAAUUCCUAUAAUGAGACUAAUAAUGUUCUUCUCUCUGCUGGUUGUUGCUGAAGACACACGAACAUGAAACUUCUCCUCUAACUCGUCUGUAACUUUUGCACAACAGUCACUAUUGACGGAGGAGGCGCUCCUGUCGCUCUCUGACCAUUUAAUAAUCAUUUAGGCCUCAGUCUCCGGCAGUCUUUAGAGCUUGGCAUCCCGACACUUGUUAAAAAAAAAAAAAAAAAAUGGGGCCAGUCCAUCAUGGCAGGUCUGAGCAAAAAAAUAAAAAACAACAACAACAAAAAAAAACUUGGAUACAAAAAAAGCUACGUGUCGCUGAAGGUGAUAUUAGCCAGUUAGUCUAUAUUUCUUCUAUUAAAUUUUGUAUUAUAUUUUCCUAAAUGUUCUCUUGUAAUGAAAAGACAAAAAAGAGUGAGUAUAUGUAUCUAUCUAUACAUCUCUAUAUAUAUAAAUCUAUAUAUAAUGAGAGACAGACAGACAGACAUGAGGCCAGGCUUGUUGAAGGGAGAGUGGGGGCAGGGGAGCUGACACACUGGCCCCUCUCCCUUGGAUGACUCUCCUGCUGUCAUUCUGUGCCUUGGUGAGCCUUUGACCUCCCUCCUCCUCCUCCUCCUCCUCCUCCUCGGUCCCGACUCAGGUCACACUCCCCCCUCCCCUCCCCAUCUCAUCCUCCCUCUUCUCGUCCUCUGGCGGGGCUGAAAGCUUUCAUUUCGACCCUUUCCAUGCCAAAACACUUCCAUGAGCGGGGGGCACUCGCAGCGAAGACGCCAUUUGAAAUGGAAAAAAAAAAAAAGCCCCCCCUGGUCUCUA